GGCCUUCAUCCCAAUAACCUAACAACGCUAAAAGAUCCUAAACUCUAGCUCGCUCUCUCACACAACUGACCAUCUUCGCCUUCUUAUAAAUUGGUUUACACUUAUAGAAAGUGUCACACAAUGUAUUCUGUGUACUACCUCCGUUCCUUUAAGAUUGAUUAAAAAAAUGUGAUUCUAUCUAUUUUUAUAAUGUGAGACAAAUUAAUGAAUGAACGAAAAAAGAAAAAUGAGAUAAUAAUGUUUUGGUGUUUAAUAAACAAUAGAUAUACUAAAAAUCCACUUCAAUAGAAAAGUGUGAUUUGAGCCUUAUCUAGGAAUUGAACUAAAACGACGACGUUUUUGUCGUGAGAACUGAGGCGCUGAGAUGCCGUUCUUGUACGAGUUUAUAGAAAAAAGAGUACCUACCUGCGUCACUCUUUCAUCUGAAUUUCACGUCAAAAUCAUUCUAUCCACAACCAUGGCUACAUUCCUAGAAAUCCGGCCGAGCUUUCUCAUCAUCAUCCUGCUCUUUGCCGUCGGCGCUUCCGUGUGGUCGUCGGAGCCCACUGUCUACGAUAUUUUGACCAAGUACAGCCUACCGAUCGGCCUCUUGCCGGACUCGGUAACUUCCUACACGCUCUCCGACGACGGCGCCUUCGAGGUAUCCCUCAAAAAGCCUUGCUACGUGCAGUUUGAUUACUUGGUGUACUACGAGAAGAAGAUUACUGGGAAAUUGAGCGUCGGAUCGAUCUCCGACUUGAAGGGGAUUCAAGUAAAAAAACUGUUCUGGUUCAAUGUGGACGCGAUUAAAGUUGACCUGCCCCCGUCCGGUAGUAUAUAUUUUCAGGUUGGAAUUAUUAACAAGGAACUCGAUGCGGGUCAGUUCGAGACCGUCCACACUUGCCAGGACAAAGCCUUGGCCGCCUGUGCAGCGUCUCCAAGGAAAAUUGUUCAGCCAACAGUGGUGGAUGAUUUGCGAAUGCUGCUUACAGAGUAAAGAAUCAAAUUUAUGCUUCGCAGCUAAAGAUUGUCGAAAGAGGACAUAGCUAUGGGUUAUGGUCAAGACUAUUGUGUUAGACUUUGUGUAUGUAUAAUAAUUGUAUAUGGAAAGGUGCAGACAUGUUUUACCAAGCUGUGCUUUUGUGAUAUCUUCCUCUCUAUUGGGGUAGUGAGGAAGAUAUGUAGAAGACUAGAAGUACAACUUCAGUGCUGAGCACCGUGUUGAUAUACAAGUUGGGCUUUUAAUAUAUAUCACUGCGUAUGCAUAUGACAAUAUCUAUGUUAACAUUGUAUGAUGUAGUUGUAAUGUUAACGAAAUAUGUUAAGUUGUAAUGACAUUGACAGUGUUCCUAUUAUGUUGAUCAAUGUUUAGUUGUAAUAUGUUUAUUAUGUUAUACUAUGUUUAGAUAAUAUCCAGCUCUAAAUCCUCUAAUUAAGUGUCUUU